GUGACGCAACCAGACUGCGACCGGCUCUUGUUCGCUAGGAUUUCGCAGUCUGGAGGUGACCAAAGCCACCUGAAAUGUCAGUACCGCGUUCAUCUGUCCAUGCGAAAUGGAUCGUGGGGAAAGUGAUUGGGACAGCAAUGCAAAAAACUGCUAAAGUGAGAGUAACCAGGCUUGUUCUGGAUCCCUAUUUACUAAAGUAUUUUAAUAAACGAAAAACCUACUUUGCUCACGAUGCUCUUCAACAGUGCACAGUUGGGGAUAUUGUGCUACUCAAAGCUUUACCUGUUCCACGAACGAAACAUGUGAAACAUGAGCUGGCUGAGAUCAUUUUCAAGGUUGGACAAGUCAUAGAUCCAGUUACCGGAAAACCCUGUGCAGGAACUACCUACCUGGAGAAUCCAGUUAGUUUGGAAACCACCCAUCUAACCAAAAAUCUGGAAGAACUCAGUAUCUCUUCAAAACAGUGAAGGAGUAUUAGAAAAAUGAGCCAAAGGGAAAGAUUUAUAAGUGUGCUCUCUGGAAAAAGAAAUUUAAGUUUCAUCACAAACUGAUCAGUUUCUCUUCUGAUGUUUAUGAAAUAGCUAAGAGUAAAUGAAUAAAGUAUUUGUUACAAUUUUCCAAAAA